AUGUUGAGAAGUAAAACAUUCGGAUCCGAUAUUAUUCAACAUCAAAUCCCUAAAACAAUUUCUAAACAAUUUACAAUGGAAAAGGUCAUGCAAUUAAAACGACAAUUGACAACCCUUGGUGCCGAACAUCAUCACCAUCCAAGUGACAGUUCCUUACUAUGCAAAAGACAUUAUGAUCUUGCGUUUAGCACUUCAUCUUUUGUUGGAACUGUCAAAAGUAAUCGAUGGAUGCAAGAUUUACUUUCCAAAAUUGGAAAUACUCAAAUUACCAAGCUUAAAAUUCCAGCAACUCACGACUCUGCCACCUAUAAUGUUUCGUCCUCUCAGGAAUACAGUUCUGACUUACAAUCUGAUCCAUCCAUGACUCUCAUUCCUCAAAUGAUCCAAAUUUUCACAUCGUACGGAUUGAACACGCAGAGAAUUAAGCAAUUUGUUGCUCCUUGGUUUAAGAAUCAAGAAUGCACAAUUUAUCAACAGUUAAAUCAAGGAAUUAGACAUUUGGAUUUGAGAGUUUGUAAGAUGAGUGGAGUUUCUAGCAGUGAGUUGAAAUUUGUUGCUUGUCAUGGAUUGGCAAGUGUCACCAUUGCUAAUGUGUUGAGACAAGUUAAGCAAUUUUUGAAUGAUAAUAAGAAGGAAGUUGUUACUUUGGAUUUUAAUCAUUUGUAUGGAUUUUCAACUCAGAAUGAUCAUUUGGAAUUUUUGAAUAUGAGUCGUUCCAUUUUAGGAAGUGAAUUGAUGAUUAAUCCUGCUCACUUUAGUACCAAUUCUACUCUUAAUCAAAUCUUGAGUAGUCCACAAAGAGUUUUCUUCUAUUAUUCCCAUUCCACAACAGUAAUCAAUUAUGCAAAUGCAUAUAAUCUCUUUCCAAGUUGGAGAAUUGACACCAGAUGGGCCAAUAAGCAAAAUAUGAAUUUAUUGAAGAGUGAAAUUAUUGCUGAAUUGAAUUCGAGAACGAAUUUCCAAUACAAAUUUGUUUCUCAAAUUCUAAUGACUCCAGAUUUGAAUAUGAUGGUAAAUGGCCUUUUUGAAUCUCCAAAAUCAGUGAAAGAGUUAGCUCUCAUGAAUUAUCAAGCAAUUCCAAGUUGGAUUGCAAGCAUCUUGCCAUCAAGUCAGUUAAAUAUUGUAAAUACUGAUUAUUAUCACUUAUUUGGUGAGCAUUUCAUCUCCUCAAUCAUUAGAAAGAAUUUGUAA